CUGGGAUUGUAUUUAAGUAACAGCCAUCCAGAGCUUCACAUCCUUGUUCAAACAGGAGGUUCAACCAUGCUGGUUUCAGGUCUUUUGUUCUCACUGGCUCUGCUGAUGACUUUUGGUCUUGAGGUCACAGAUGCCAUUCGCACUCUAAAAGAAGGCCCCAUGAUCGACAGUGAGGGAAGGGAAUAUAAAUCAGCUCCUUUAGCGAAAGACGGUAGAUCUGAAUCCGGUGACCGUCCUGUUGUCCGUGUAGAGUGCACCGACGUGUCCAUGAUCGUCUUCAUACAGGCUGACCUCUACAGAACCGGCCACCACGUUUCCCCAGGAGAGCUCUUUUUAGGCGAUGCCCGCCAUUCCAACAGCAGGAGGUGCCAGGCUGUUGACACCGGAGACCAUGAAUACGUCAUAGAAGCGGGUUUGCAGGACUGUGGCACCAAACUAAGUAUAUCAGAAGACGACGUGAUUUACUCGAACAAAUUGGUGUUUUUACCUGCUUUUCGUCACUUUGGUAUCACAAGGUUGACAGAAGCUGUGAUUCCUGUGUCCUGCCAUUAUAAAAGGAAACAUAUUGUGAGCAGCAGCGCUCACCAGAAGCCCCUCAUCUUCUCCAAAUUGGCCAAAUUUUCAACAGGGACUUCUUUGUUCUCUCUGAGGCUGCUAACUGACGACUGGUCAAACGAGACGCCCUCAAGCACCUUUUAUCUUGGAGACGUCCUGCACCUCGAGGCCUCGUACAAUGGUCCCGAUUCAAGGAGGAUCUUCAUCGACAGCUGUGUUGGCACACUCACACCAGAUAUAGCAUCAGUGCCUCGAUACUAUUUAAUUGAAAACUAUGGGUGCUUCACUGAUGCCAAAGAGAAGGGAUCAAAGGCAGUGUUCCGACCCAGAUUAAGGGCUGAUGUGCUUCAGCUCCAGCUGGAUGCCUUUCUGUUUCAUAACGACUUGAGGCGCAACAUAUUCAUAACUUGCCACUUGAAAGCUGCACCUAAAGCAUGGAGGAGUAGCCCCACUAACAAGGCCUGCAAUUACAUGCAAUCAAGGUGGAGGAACGUGGAUGGGAAUGAUGAAACGUGUCAGUGUUGUGAUGCUGUCUGCCAUGAAAGAUCACCCACAGAUGAUGUGCUCUGUGACACGGUGACUCUUGGGCCUUUGAUGAUUCUCCCCAGCAAGUAGGCAAAAGAACACAGUCAAGAAACUCUGUUACUUUCUACUG